AUGCCGCCCCCCAAAGAUGUCCCAUCCUUACGCUCUUUUCUGGGGCUGAUCAGUUAUUAUUCGCAGAUGCCGCCCCCUAAUGAUGUCCCAUCCUUACGCACUUUUCUGUUUCUGAUCAAUUAUUGUUCGGCAUUCCAUCCUGCGCUACACGACAUCCGGCCUCCGCUUAAUCAGUUGCUUGGAAAAGACGUCCCGUGGUGUUGGUCAGAAGAAUGUGAGGAACCAUUCUGCAAGCUGAAAACCAUGCUCACCUCUGAUAUACUGCUGACCCACUACGGCCCGAAACUGUCGAUUAUUGUGGCAGCUGACGCCUCCAACUGUGGAGUCGGAGUUGUCAUCCUCCACGUCUUCCCAGAUGGAUCAGAGAAAGCCCUUAAAUCGCUAACUCCAGCAAAACAGCGAUACGGCCAAAUAGAGGAAGAAGCGUUGGCACUGGUGUUUGCGGUUCGGCGCUUCCCCAAAAUGCUGUGUGGCCGCCGUUUCACUCCACUCACCGAUCACAAACCAUUGCCCUCCUUCUUUGGUUCAAAGAAAGAUGUUCCAGCGCACUCUGCUAACCGCCUGCAAAGAUGGGCUCUGGUUAUGCUGGGUUAUGACUUCGAUAUUCAAUAUCGGCGCACCACCGACUUCGGUCAGGCCGAUGCAUUAUCUCGGCUAAUCAGCAACUAG